AUGCUCUGGGUGGGCUCACUGCUCAACAACACUCUUGUCUUGGCUAGAAAGGAAGACGGCUACUCCUCUGCUGUUAAAGGCGACAAGAAUGUCCACGUUCUGUGUUCUGGAUCUCUGGAUCAGAAGUCCUUCAUCUGGUACAGGAACGGACAGCCUCUUACCAACCGAAAGAGCAAACAUAUCCACACCAACAGCCUGUACAUAGAACCAGUCAGCAGUGAGGAUGUAGACAGCUACUCCUGUGCUGUAGAAGGCUAUGUAGAUAUCUGCUCUCCUGAAGAGAGUCUUAAUUUCACAUAUGGCCCAAAGAAUAACUUUGUGUCAAUCAGUCCCUCUAGUGAAAUAGUGGAGAGAACCCCUACCGAACCUGGACUGAAGAGAACCACCAAAGAGCCUAGACUGAAGAGAACCACCAAAGAGCCUAGACUGAAGAGAACCACCAAAGAGCCUAGACUGAAGAGAACCACCACCGUACCUCGACUGAAGAGAACCACCACUGAACCUGGACAGAAGAGAAUCACCACUGAACCUGGACUGAAGAGAACCACCACCGAACCUGGACUGAAGAGAACCCCCACCGAACCUGGACUGAAGAGAACCACCAAAGAGCCUAGACUGAAGAGAACCACCAAAGAGCCUGGACUGAAGAGAACACCCACCAAAGAGCAUGGACUGAAGAGAACCACCAAAGAGCCAGGACUGAAGAGAACCACCAAAGAGCCUGGACUGAAGGGAACCACCAAAGAGCCUGGACUGAAGAGAACACCCACCAAACCUGGACUGAAGAGAACCACCACCGAACCUGGACUGAAGAGAACCCCCACCGAACCUGGACUGAAGAGAACCACCAAAGAAUCCACCAAAGAGCCUGGACUGAAGAGAACCACCAAAGAGCCUAGACUGAAGAGAACCACCAAAGAGCCUAGACUGAAGAGAACCACCACCGUACCUCGACUGAAGAGAACCACCACUGAACCUGGACAGAAGAGAAUCACCACUGAACCUGGACUGAAGAGAACCACCACCGAACCUGGACUGAAGAGAACCCCCACCGAACCUGGACUGAAGAGAACCACCAAAGAGCCUAGACUGAAGAGAACCACCAAAGAGCCUGGACUGAAGAGAACACCCACCAAAGAGCAUGGACUGAAGAGAACCACCAAAGAGCCAGGACUGAAGAGAACCACCAAAGAGCCUGGACUGAAGGGAACCACCAAAGAGCCUGGACUGAAGAGAACACCCACCAAACCUGGACUGAAGAGAACCACCACCGAACCUGGACUGAAGAGAACCCCCACCGAACCUGGACUGAAGAGAACCACCAAAGAAGCCUGGACGGAAGAGAACCACCAAACGCCUGGACUAGAGAGAACCGCCAAAGAGCCUGGACUGAAGAGAACCACCAAAGAGCCUGAACUGAAGAGAAGCACCAAAGAGCCUGGACUGAAGAGAACCUCCAAAGAGCCUGAACUGAAGAGAAGCACCAAAGAGCCUGGACGGAAGAGAACCUCCAAAGAGCCUGGACGGAAGAGAACCACCAAAGCACCUGGACUGGAGAGAACCACCAAAGCGCCUGGACUGGAGAGAACCACCAAAAGCGCCUGGACUGAAGAGAACCCCCACCGAACCUGGACGGAAGAGAACCACCAAAGAGCCUGGACUGAAGAGAACCAGCAAAGAAACCGAGACUGGAGAGAACCAUCAAAGAACCUGGACCUGAAGAGCUGUGGCACAGAAAACUACGGCACCAAAUCAAAGACAGGUCUCACACCUCUAUUCUCCUGCUAUCACAUUGCGUAA